GGCUGAGGAGAGCGGGGGCGGGCGCGGCGUCGAGGCGUCGCUGAAGCAGGAGAUGUUUGCGAUCCACUGCGAGAUUCUCGAGUACGUGUUCGCCGAGGCGCUCAAGUGCUGCCCCGAGGUGGUCACGCACGUCGCCGUGGUAACCGCCACGCUCGUGCCCGUCGUGAAGCUGUCCUCGGGGUCGGCGUCGGAGAAGGCAAGAUCCCUGCUGGAAAUGCUCUUCGUUCAGAAUGCCAGCAAACUUGCCGACGUGAUGGCGUCCCUGCAUCCCUUUCCUGACACGCCGGACUUUGCCAGGCUACGAGCUGUGCACAGGAAGUACAAGUAUGCGGACGGCGUGUUAAGUUUGCGGGAGGAGAUUGAGAUAUUUCUGAAGGCCAGCGAGGCGAGUGCUCCUCACAGCCGUGGUGAGGGCCUGCAGCACAUCGGUGAACAACUGUCAUCACGCAGACUGGAGUUAGAAGUGCUGGUGCGCGAGUGCAAACGCAAUGGGCAGCAGAGCAUCCUGGUGCGGCUGAUCUGUGAGCUGAUAGCGGUGUGUCGUGCCGCGGGAGGCGAAGAGGAGAGGCAGGCGGCCGCACGGUGUCUCGGCAGCAUCGGAGUCGCCGAUCUCUUCACGCUCGUGCUGCAGGCGAGGGGGGCGCUGCAGGGCGGCCGCUACGAGCCGCGGCUUCUGCCCGGCUCCACCGACAGCUGCGACCACCUGUUCUACCGCAACGCCACCAUCUUCCACCAGCUGAGCACCUACCUGACCGACUCAAGUGUGGAAGUGGUGACUGCUGCCAGCUCUGUGCUUAAACAUCUCCUAGCUACCAAGUCAGGGCAAGACUUUGCUGCCCUUUAUAAAGAUGCCACCAAUGACCAUCUCUUCCAGAACCUUCAUCCUUUUAGGAAAAGAACGAGGGUUGCGAGCGCGCGGAUAAUAGUGCCGCAUGAGGCUACCUUCCUAGCCACCAUGGACAUACAGGAAGUGUGGGCACCCACCAACAGCACGCAUGCAGACUGGAUCACAAACUUGGUCUGCUACCUCAUCAAAAGCACUGCAGUCACCGAUGAAAUGUUGCUUCUGUUGGAGCCUAUCUGCAAGGCGAAGGUUGAGUUUUGCGAGCUGGUGCUGCCGUACCUAGUACACAGCAUCCUCGCGCGACGCUGCGACGUGCACCGGGACGUCCUCUCCAGGCAGGUCCGGGUCUUCUUCUCCAGCCACUGCGGUGCCGCCGCGCCUGCCGGCGGCAGCAGACCAACCACUCCGGCUUUUACAGGAGCGGCAAGUGAUGUGCCUCUAACGAUGAACAAGCACUCUGUACGGGUGAUGCUGAACUUACUGCAGUAUCUACGUCUGCAGCAAACUCACACCACAUGCGGGCUGGCGGCGACAGCCUGGGACACCAACUUCUGGCUGGACGUGGACUACCUGCAGCUGGCGCGCGCCGCGCAGUACUGCUCCGCCUACUUCACCUCGGUGCUGUUCACGGAGAUCGCUUGCUACAUCGCCGCCGACAUGUGCGCGAGUGAGCUGCCACUGCCGCCGCCGAAGCGUGCCGGCAAGGCGACGAUGACGCAGCAGGAGGUGAGCGAGAUAAGCCAGACGUUCUUUGUCUCGCGGCUGGACAGCGUGGGCGCGCACGCUGCUGGCGCGCACGCCGUGCUGCUGGAGGCUUACAGGGCCAUCGGCGACUCUGACUGCGUCUACGGCUGCGUCGUGGGACGGCUUGCGGACCCCGCUACCAGAAUCACGACGUAUGAGAUGGAGAACAAGUGGGAGCGAGCGCUCGGAACCUACGAUCUUCUAACGCACCAGCAACCGGCAGAGGGCAGCACUGGCAUAGUUAAGGCCCUACAGUGCGCAGGCCUUGAUCAUGUGCUGCACAGUUAUCUGGAGCAGCUGAGAGCUGAGAAUCGCAUGGAGGAUGACGCUGGACUGCAGUCUGUGUUCUACGGGUCUGCGUGGAGAGACCUCGGUCAGUGGAACCUGGAUACCACCCAUAGGUCCCAGAGUGCGGAGUUUCAGCAGACAAUCUACAGCGCGCUUCAGCAGGUUGCCGACGGCAACGAGGCAUCUGCCGCCAUGUCGCUGGCCGCCGGCCGCGAGGCGGUGAUUGGUCAGCUGCUGCACGCAGGACUGGAGACGACGCGGAACAUCUACCCUGCUCUGUCAAGCCUUCAGUGCCUGAACGAACUAGAGCAAGCUCUGCCUGUCAUCUGCAGGGCAGAGUUGGUGGGAGACCUGCUGCAGCGGUGGCAGCACAGUGACGUUUACAGCGUCGCAGACUACGACUUUGUGGAGCCGGUGCUGUCGCUGCGCUGCGCCGUGCUCUCAGUGCUGGCGCGACGUCGCGGCGCCGCCAACGUCGACCUACAGGGGGCGCUGAUGACCAGUCUCGAGCGGCUGUCGAGAUUGGCGCGCGAGGCGGGCCUGCUCCAGAUUGCUGAGAAGAACAUAUUUCGCAUCAAGCAACUGGAGCAGAAAUGGCAGACUGGUGAGUUGUCGUGGAACUUGGAAGAAGCGAAGAUCUACUGGGCGCGCGCGGAGUGCGACACGGCUCUCUGCUUGCUCAAGUCACUCGUGUGUGACCUCAAGAAGGCAACUGCGAACGGAUCAGUGAGGCGAAAUGCGUCGCUGUACCCGAAGGCAUUGUGCCUGUAUGGAGACUGGUUAGCUUCAACCCACUCUAAGCAUCCUCAGGUUAUCAUGGAGGAUUACCUCGAAAAGGCGGUGGAGUGCGUGGAGAGAGGCGGUGCGCAGGCGGCGGCCGUGGCACUGGAUGCUUACCUGUCGCUCGCGCGAUACGCCGACAACCAGUACCGUCACGUCGUCGACUACAUGUGCUCGAGCACGUACGACGCGAAGCAGGCCCUGCUGCGCGAGAGCCGCGAGGCCGCCAGCAUGAUCAAGACGAUGGACAGGAACCAGAAUGUCUCGAGUCGCGUGCUCAUCACGCUGGAGAAACAGAGCAUCCUCGACCAGCGCGAGAUGAGCGACAUGCUACGCCAGAAGAACACGUUCCUCGUGAAGGCCGUGAACAACUACUUGCGGCUGCUGCGCGCGGGCGACGAUCACGACCUGCGCGUGUUCCGCCUCGUCUCGCUGUGGUUCCACAACGCGAACAACGACGACGUCAACGCCCUCAUCAAGGAUGGCGUGGGAUGCAUCAAGUCGCACAAGUUUCUCGCGUUGAUGUACCAGCUGGCCGCGCGUAUGAGCACCAAACAGCAACACAGCUCACUGUUCCAACCCACACUAGACGAGCUGAUCGUGCGUACAGUGAAGGACCACCCGCACCACACGCUACCCAUCAUUCUCGCGCUAGCAAACUCUUACAAAGACACCGAGCUGUUCGCUUCCAAGACCACACCCGGUCGCGGCCGGAGGUCAAAGGUCAAGGAGAAUUCGGUCGUGGAAGAGGACAGAGUGCUCGCCGCCAAGAACAUGUUGAACCUGCUGCGGGUCAGAGGUCACGGUGACAUCAUCGCCAACAUGGAGGCGCUGUCCGACGCCUACAUCUCGCUCGCCUACCUCGACGCGAGCGCUCACAAGAAGGAGACUCAGUCGAUCAACAUCCCGGCGAGCCAGCAUCUGCUCGCGCUCGCCAACCUGCACAACGUUGCCGUGCCGACGCUUGAGCUGCCGGUGGAUCCGACAUGCGAGUACAAGAACAUCGUGCACGUCGUCAGGUUUGCGCCGACAUUUAAACUAGCCGGUGGUCUCAACCUUCCCAAGAUAAUCACCUGCCUCAGCUCUGAUGGCAAGCAGCGAAGACAACUAGUCAAGGCUAGGGAUGAUCUGAGACAGGAUGCUGUGAUGCAGCAGGUGUUUGCUAUAGUCAACAGACUGCUGCAGGGUCAGCAGGAGACAAGAAAACGCCGACUGCACAUACGCCAGUACAAGGUGAUGCCGCUCUCUCAGCGCAGCGGGCUGCUGGAGUGGUGUGAGGACACGAUCCCGCUCGGCGUCUACCUCGUCGGUGACAGCCAGCGUGGCGGCGGCGCGCACCACAAGUACCGGCCGGGCGACUGGACGGCGUCGGCGUGUCGGCGCGUGAUGUUGGCGGCGAGCGGCAGCGACAAGCUCGCGGCGUUCCUCGACGCGUGCCGCCACUUCCUGCCCGUCUUCCGACACUUCUUCUUCGAGGGCUUCGUCGAGCCGGCGAUCUGGUUCGAGCGGAAGCUGGCGUACACGCGCAGUGUGGCGACGAAUUCUAUAGUUGGAUACAUCCUUGGACUAGGAGAUAGGCACGUUCAGAACAUUCUGGUCGAUCGUAACACAGCUGAGCUCGUGCACAUUGAUUUAGGAAUUGCAUUUGAGCAAGGCAGGAUACUGCCGACUCCGGAGACGGUGCCCUUCCGGCUUACACGAGACAUCGUCGAUGGUAUGGGCAUCACUGGCACCGAAGGCGUCUUCCGCAGGUGUUGUGAGAAGACUAUGGAGGUGAUGCGUAGCUCGCAGGAGGCGAUCGUCACCAUCCUGGAGGUGCUGCUGCACGACCCGCUCUACGCGUGGAACCUGACGCCGCUGAAGGCCUGCGCCGUGCAGCAGCGCAAACACGACGAGAGUGCCAUCGCCGCCGCGACGACCGCCAACACGGACCUGCUCGACGUGGAGACGGCCGCCACCGCCGCCGGCAAGGCUGGUCACGGCUCAGACGCGGAUGUGAAUAAGAUGGCAGAGCGAGUGUUACUCCGCCUGAGGCAGAAGCUGCAGGGAGUUGAAGAUGGUGUUCCCCUCAGUAUCGAAGGCCAGGUGAGCCAUCUGAUCCAGGAAGCACGGGAUCCAAAGAACCUCGCGUGUCUGUUCCCCGGCUGGCAGCCAUACCUCUAGCCGUGCACGCACGCGCUCGUGUAGCACUGAGCACAGCCUGCACAUGCUCACUCACGUACUUCCUCACACCUGUUUUGGCUGGACGUGCCUUCUAACAGGUAUUCUUUACAUCUGCAGUGAUCGCUCGAACUAUAGCCUUGUGCGCAACUUAGUUAAACUUGUGCUAAACAUAACUAAACUUGUGUUAAACAGUGCUAAACUUGUGGGCGAAACACUCGUGCGCAAACAUUUUUGCACAUUCAACUAGGCUACCAGAGCCUAUAUCUGCUGGAUUGCACCUAUUACUUAUUUCACAUUUAUUUUUUUGAAGUCUGGAAGCUUUGAAAAUUACAAAUGUGGGUAACUAUAAUGUGCAGUACCGUUGCGGUUCCCCAUUACUGUGAUGAUCCUGAAGUGCUAAUGUAAAUAGCUUCCCAUGUAAAUAUGCCACCAUCUAAAACUUCAGUGGUAAAAAAUCACUCGCGUUCGUGCUUGCCAAUGCUAGAUUUGAUUGCAUACAAAUCCAGUGUGUUUAAUCCACUGCUGCUUAAUUUUAUAUCAGCAGUCUUCAGUUAAUAUCGGAAACAAAGCAAAACCUAAAUACCUCUUUUUUAAGGUUUUCAUACAUCAAGCAUGCCUGGAGGUUGGUGCUCAUGAAAGUUUAUUUUGAUAUUACCAAUGAUGUUCUAGUUGUGUUCCUUAAUUUGUUUGUAUAGCUUUUAUGUGAUCAUACAUUUUUGCAAGAAAGAUAUUUGUAAAAUUUCAACGGACUGAUAUUGCAGCCAGAUGCAAGAAAUCAUGAUAGUGACCAAAGUUUUUUGAGAAAUACGACCAUUAUAUGUGCUCAAAAUGCAAGUUCAAGAGCUAGUUUUGUAAAAUUUAUUUUACUUUAUAAGUAUACUGAAGAACAAGUUGUUUUUUCACAUUAUGUUUUAUGUCAGGUUCUUGAGCUGUUUAUAUAAGAAAUAACAUCAGUUUGUAUAAAAACCUCGUAUCUGUUUGCUAACUAUAUGCAAUAUAUUCGUCUUUCGGUAGUGCACAUAU